AUUUCUUCCUUCGCCAUCCAGUAUCAAGAUCUUUUGUUGUGUAUUUCACUAAACCCUAAAACAAAAUGGAAUCCAUCAAGCACAAAAUGGAAGGAUUAAUCCGUGAAAAGGACGAAGCUGUCGAAAAAGCAGUCAACCAAGAAAACGAAAAGAAAGAUUUGGAAAACAAAGCCAAAGAGCUUGAAUCUGAAAUCAACGCCAUCACCCGCAAAAUCACCAAUCUUGAAGAUGAACUUGACAAAGUUAUGGAACAGAACAGAGAAUCACUGGAAAAAGUCGAAACUGCUUCAAAAGUUGCCACUGAUUCUGAAUUGGAAGUGAACGCACAAACUCGUCGUAUGCAACUUCUUGAAGAAGAAUUAGCCAGAGUAACUGAACGAUUGAACGAAACCCUUACUAAACUAGAAACUGCUGAGAAAGCAGCCGAAGAAAGUGAACGUGGCCGAAAACUUAUUGAAAGCAGAUCAUUCAAGGAUGAAGAAACUUUGGAAUUACAAGAAAUUCAACUUCGUGAUGCUAAAGCUAUUGCUGAAGAUGCUGACAGAAAAUACGAAGAGGUCGGCAGAAAACUUCGCAUGGUUGAAAACGAUUUGGAACGUGUUACCGACCGUGCCGAAGAACACGAGACUAAAGUGAAGCACACUGACGAACAAUUGAAAGGACUUCAAGAAACUUUGAGAAACAUGGAAUCAAUCUCUGUCAAAAAUUCUGAACAAGAAGAUAAAUAUGAAGAAGAAAUUCGUGUUCUUUCAGAAAAAUUGAAGAACGCUGAAACCAGAGCUGAAUUUGCUGAAAGAACUGUCGACAAGUUGGAAAAGACCAUCGAUUAUCUCGAAGAUCAACUCUACGCCGAGAAAUUGUCGUACAAAGGCAUCAGCGAAAAACUGGACCAGACUCUUACCGACAUGGUUUCCCUUCAUUAAAUUUAAUGAUUCUCGUCGAAAUAUUAUUCUACCAUUUCUGUUUGUUUAUUAGGCCAUUCAAUGUAUCUUCCAAUAUUUUGAAAUAAAAAAGCAUAUAGAG